AUGAGUGGGCAAAAGCAGGAAAACAUCAUUGAAGAGAAGGACGUAGGAUUUAUCUUAAGCUAUGGAAGAAACUACUACGCCGAGGAGAUAGUGGAAAAGGAGGUGGAGAUAAAAAGGCUUUUCGAACAAAUAAGCUUAAAGCUUGGAACAAAGGAGGUUGAGACUGGGCUUGCACCACCUAUGUGCUGGGAUCUUCUUGGAGACAGAAACAGAAUUCAGAGCGAGCCGAAUCUACAGGUUGCCAGGGUGUGCAAAGUCCUUGAUGGAUACCAAGAGCCCAGAUACAUGAUAGGAAUCAAGAUGAUAGCCAAAUUUAUUGUUGGGAAGGGAAAGCGAGUGGACGGAAGCCUUAUACAGGAAGGAAUGAGGGUAGGGGUUGACAGGAACAAGUACCAGAUUAUUCUUCCGUUGCCUCGAAAGAUAGAUGCAUCUGUUACUCUUAUGCAAGUUGAGGAAAGGCCUGAUGUGACGUACAACGAUAUUGGAGGGUGCAGAGAAGAGAUUGAAAAAAUAAGGGAGGUUGUUGAGGCGCCUCUCUUGAAUCCGGAGAGGUUUGUUGCGUUAGGGAUUGACCCGCCGAAGGGGGUUCUCCUUUACGGACCGCCUGGAACAGGGAAGACGUUGCUUGCAAGGGCUGUGGCCAACAGAACAAAUGCAUGUUUUAUAAGGGUUAUAGGGUCUGAGCUUGUGCAGAAGUAUGUUGGAGAGGGUGCACGAAUGGUUAGAGAGAUAUUUGCCAUGGCUAAAGGAAAGAAGGCUUGCAUUAUUUUCUUUGACGAGGUAGAUGCGUUUGGAGGAACGAGGUUUGAUGACGACGACGACAACGAAGUCCAAAGAACGAUGCUGGAGUUGAUAAAUCAGCUGGACGGGUUUGACCCGAGAGGGAACAUAAAGGUCCUGAUGGCGACAAAUAGGCCGGAUACUCUUGACCCUGCGCUUCUCAGGCCGGGGAGGCUGGACAGGAAAGUCGAGUUUGGACUGCCGGAUCUCGAGGGAAGGACAUCGAUUCUACGGAUUCAUGCAAAGACGAUGAGUGUUGAUAAGGAUAUUAGAUUUGAUCUGAUUGCAAGGCUUUGUAACAAUGCAACUGGAGCAGAGCUGAGAAGCGUUUGUACAGAGGCAGGGAUGUUUGCCAUAAGAGAAAGAAGGAAGAUUGCGACGGAGGCGGACUUUUUAAAGGCUGUUGACAAGGUUAUCAAAGGAUAUGCGAAGUUCUCCUCAACUCCAAGGUACCUAACCUAUAACUAA